CUGUAAAUCCAGAUACCGACCGGUCCUCCAGGGAAUGACACUUCAAACUGAACUCUUCUCUGCAGUGUAAUGGCGUCUUUUAGCAACAUGAACGCAUUUUCUCCAGCCCCUUUCUGGCAGAAUGGGCCAGCGCCUGGAGCUAUUUAUAAUUUUCCAGGACAAGUUAUUGGUCAUGAUGUUAGCCCCAUACAAGUGUCACAGUCUCCAGUGACGACUGGUACGUCAGUUGUUGGAGUGCAGUUCAAGGAAGGAGUGAUGAUUGCUGCAGACAUCCUGGCAUCCUAUGGAUCAUUGGCUAGAUACAGAAAUGUCGAACGUAUCAUCAAAGUCAAUGACAAUAUUAUUUUGGGAGCUGGCGGGGAUUACGCUGAUUACCAGUACCUCAAGAACAUGAUCGAUCAGAAAAUUCUCGAAGAGCAGUGCCUCGACGAUGGUUUUACAUUGAAGCCAAAGUCUCUCCACUGCUGGCUGACACGAGUCUUGUAUAAUCAGAGAUCUAAAUUCGAUCCCCUGUGGAAUAAUUUUAUAAUUGCUGGGUUUGACAAUGGAAAGCCAUUUAUGGGAACAGUUGAUAAACUUGGAACAGCUUUCGUCGACCCUGUGAUUGCCACUGGUUAUGGUGCUUACAUGGCGAGUCCUCUGCUUCAUAAAAAAUACGAUGAAAAUCCAGAGAUGACUGAGGAAGAAGCCAGUCAGCUCAUCCACCAGUGCAUGGAUGUUUUGUACCUGAGGGACGGCAGAUCAUUCCCCAAAUAUCAACUGGGAAUAAUUACGAAGGAGAAGGGUAUCGAAAUAAAGGGACCAAUUGAAGUGAAGGGACACUGGGCGAUUGCUGGAAUGUAAAUCGUCGAAUUAAUCGUUUCAUUUUGCUUUAAUAAAUCGAAGAAAUCAAUCCGUCAUGAAUAAUCAUUUCUAUUUGAUAAAUAAAUACUUAUAAUAAAAAUGUCAUUGAAAGCUCUUUCAA